GUUGGAUAAGCUUUUUUUACUGUAUUAUAAAUCUAUACACAAUCAUGUAAUAUUCAAUAAAAUUACAUUGAAAGAGAAAUAUAAAACUUAAUCGUUACUACAUUGAUUGCAAAUCCCAUCACAAUCUUAUUGCUCGGAGUGGAAGUAGUCAUCAGUUAUAUUAUCGGAGAAUAUAAUUUGCCUUGCUGCAAUAUUAAAUAUUAAUUACUAGAGUUUUGUUCUAUAUUUAUCUUGAACUUAUUUAACUUCUUGAAAUAAAUGAAUAAGCAAUUUUUUAUAAUAGUUAUGUAUGUACAUUGUCUGUUUAAGGGCAUUCAAUAUUUUCAGCAAAGAAGGAAAAAUCAACCAAAUAUCACCUAUUUCUUCAAAAAAAAUCUAUGUCGAAAUACAAUUUGGUGUUAUCUGUAUGGUCCCUUAUAUCUGUUGAGAUUUCUUGCUCAUUUACCAUUCAUUUUGAUGUCAAACUCGUCGCUUCUUGAAUGUGAUUUAAAUACUUUCGUUCUUCAUAUUGAAGGAUUAUACCGGUUUUUGGAGAAUAAUUAUGAUACUUAUUUCACUGACAAUUCUUACAUGGACGUUGAAUACAAUGUGUAAGAAGUAUACAUUAAAAAUGUUUAUAAUUUAGUAUAUAAGAAAAUAGAAAUACAUUGUUAACUAAAUAAGUUA